CGAACAAGUACGUGGUGUGUAAUUAUUAUUUUAUACAUUUUGUUUAAAAUAAAUUCGCUAACUAAUAAAAAAUUGUUUCGUGAAUGGCAGCUGAUAAUUAAGUUAAUUACCCUUUCAGAACUCGUUUCCUAAACAUGGCACCAUCAUCAGAUUGGGAUGAAAUAAAGCGCCUAGCUGCAGACUUCCAAAAAGCUCAGCUUAGUUCUACUGCUCAAAGGCUUUCAGAAAGAAAUUGCAUUGAAAUUGUCACAAAAUUGAUAGAACUGAAAUUGAUUGAUGUGAUUUUCACUACUGAUGGCAAAGAGUAUUUAACCACUCAGCAACUAGUGAGGGAAAUAAAGGAUGAACUUUAUGUACAUGGUGGCAGGAUUAACACAGUUGAGUUGGCUAAAGAGCUCAAUGUUGACCUCAGUCAGAUCAACACCAGCAUCACUGAAAUUGUCAAAGGAAAAGAAGUUCAACUGGUCUCUGGCUAUUUGAUAGCAUCAUACUAUUUGGAGAAGAUUGCAAAAGAAAUUAAUGAAAAACUUCAACUUCAAGGACAAUUAUCUGUUGGAGAGCUGACCCUCCAGUAUGACUUGCCAGCUGAAUUAUUACAACACAGUGUACUUGAAAAAUAUUUGGGCAAACUCAUUUUUGGUAAACAAGAUGCUUCUGAACCCAGAACUUUUUAUACAGAAGAGUAUAUCUUGAGGACAAAAGCUAAAAUUAAGGGAGCUCUUAUGGGCCUUUUGAAGCCGACUCCUAUAACUGUUAUUGUCAAUCACUGUAAUGUUGCUGAGCGACUGUUCCUGUCCCUGUUUGACCAGGUGAAUGCCCCUGGGAUGCUCACUGGCAGACAAACAGGUGCUCUCUAUGUACCGUCUUGUUAUACUAAGUCACAAAAUGACUGGGUGAUGAGCUUUUACAAACAAAAUAACUAUCUGGAGUAUGAUGCAUUAUCUCGCUUGGGCAUCUCAGACCCUAAAGGCUAUGUGAAGAGGACUCUACCAAAUGAAGACCUUACAUUUCUCAGCAGCUGUGCACUUGGGUCACAGAUCAAACAACAGCUCGAGACAGCUCUAGAGGAGUGUAUAGCAUCUAAAAAUUACUUAGAUGUUGUUGCCUUGCUGCCCUCUGUAUUAUCUGAUACAGAUAUUGAAAAUGUUCUCGAUGAAUUACUGAAGAACAACUCAAAGGCAACAACUGUCUUUGAAAACACCGUUUUCAGCAACCACUAUAUUGACAAUUUAAAACAAGCUUGCACACCAAUGAUGCAAAGCAAAGUAGAUGCAGUUGUCAAAUCAGGAAAAUAUCAACAGUUUUAUUUAGAGAAGCAGUUGUCCAAGGCUAAUGACCUAACACAACAGGGCCACACUGACCACAAAGCUGAAAGGCGAGAUGAAAGGAGAAGGAAAGCCGCUUCAGGUAAAGGGGGUGGAGGCACCCAAGGCCGCGAAACAAAAACGAAGGCUGUCAAAAAACAUCCAAGGGGUAAACAGGCUGCUCACGAUUCUGACUCCGAUGAUGCCUCCACUGUCAGUAAGAAAAACCCAUCCCAAUUAGAAAUUGUAGAUGUUGAAGAUGUAAAGAAAAUCAUCAAAGAUGCUCUUGAAAAUGAGGGACUUGAAGAUCUUUUGACUCAAAUAGCUGAAUAUCUACAUGGGGGAUUAAACCAAACUGCAUUGGUACUAGCAAAAGAAACAGCUGAAAAGCUGAUGCAAGAUGCCACUCAGAGCAGGAAACAGACCCACUCUUCUACACAAGACAAGAUCAACAUUUUGAUAAAUGAUAUCAAGCUUUAUGAGAAGGGUCUUAAGACCUUGCCAGCUGAUAAACAGCCUCAGUUCAUCAAAUACCUUCUCAAGUCUUUAGGAGGUGAUGUCUUAUCCGAAUUCUGCAAAUAUGCAGCAAACCAAUGCAAUCUUUCUGUUCAAAUGGAUGUAUUAACACCCGAACAGAGAAACAAGAUUAUUAACGACUUGACAGAGGAAUACACGAAACCAUUUAAGGCUCUGAAUGCGACACUCUCUGAUCAGAAUUUAGAGCUGUUUUAUCAAGCUGUUGACUUGUGUCUAGCAGAAUGUGGUAUGAUUUUGAAGAAGAUAGACAAGAAGAAAGACAAGCUUGUGAUAACCAAUCACAGAGAAAAAUUGAUAUCAGAGUUGGAAAAUUGUGAUGACCCAGCCUUGUCACUGCAUCUGGCUGUGUUGGCGAUAUUCACAAUCCUUACACAGAACAUGCUGCACGCGUCUGGGAGGCUGGUGCCUGUUAUUAUUGAAUUUUUGAAAACUCAGCUUAAAGAGGAGCAGUUGGUAGAACUGCAACAGUACCAUGAGUUAGUUACAAAGUACCUGACUGCAAAUGACGAAGAGAAAACAGAGGUUGAAGACAAGUUAAAGGAGGAAAUGGCUACAAUUAAGAAUAUUGUUUAUGAUGUUAAGAAAAACAAAUGAUUUCAGUUUCAAAGUUAUUGAAAUAUAAUAUUGUUUUAUCAAUUAAAA